AUGGCUAUCUCUGUCCAGUCUCAACCAGGGGCCCUAGCCCCUACAGUGGUCGAAUCCAAGGCGGCGAGCGUACCUCUACCAAACCCUAUUCACCCCCAGUUCCUCCCUCUUCUCGACCAGGAUUUUGUCGAUUACUACAACAGACACUUUGCUUCGAAACCCGCCACGCACACCAUAGACAUCUCCGAUAUCAGGAAAAGCGGAUCGAAAUACUCGUCGCCCUGGGAAAGGGAUUUUUCUGGUGAGCCGUUCGUGCGCGACUUUCAGAUCCCGUCGUCCGAUGGCCAUCUCUUUCGAGUGCGAUGCUAUUACCCUGAUGCCACAAAGUACGGUCCAGGGCCGUAUCCGAUUUAUGUGAACUUCCAUGGAGGCGGGUUUGCAUUCGGUGGUCUGAAAUCGGACGCCGAACUGUGCAUGCUUGUCCGAAACAACGUUGGACUACUUGUUGUUGAUGUCGAGUAUCGCUUGACGCCAGAAAACCUCUACGGUAAAGGUCACGAGGACGGCUGGGCAGCAGUCCGCUGGGUCCACGAGCACGGCCACGAAAUCAACGGCGACCCCACCUCCAUUUCCGUCGGAGGCAUUUCUGCAGGCGGAGCCAUUGGUGCUGUUGUGCAGCAGCUUGCUCGAGAUGCCGGAAUUACCUUGAAGCUCGCCUUCCUCGCAGUUCCGACCGUCGAAAGCCAUCGCCAUCUCACCGACCCAUCCCAAUCACCCUACAAAUCAUUCAGCACAAACGCGCUGGCCCCAAGUCUGAAUUGGGCACGCCUCGACUACUUCCGGAAGCUCAGUCUCCCUCAAACAAAAGAGGGCGAGCAGGCCCUAGCCGCCCUGCCGGAGUUUUAUUCGAGUCCGAUCAAGGGGAACCUGAAAGGUCUGUGUCACACGUUUGUGGCUACCGCCGAGUUCGACCCGCUGUGUGACGAGGGCGAGGCGUAUGCUCAGCGGCUGGUCGAGGCCGGUGUUAAAGUCACUGUUAGGCGGUAUACUGGCGUCCCUCAUCCUUUUAUGCACAUGACUCCGAUCCAGAAGGCGGCAUUGUAUGCUGAGGAUUUCUGUUCGGCCUUGCGUGCUGCGCAUAGAUAG